AUGAUAGAAGAUACAAUGACUCUGCUGUCCCUGUUAGGUCGUAUCAUGCGUUAUUUUCUGCUCCGGCCGGAGACCCUGUUCCUACUAUGCAUCAGUUUGGCCCUGUGGAGUUACUUCUUCCACACGGACGAAGUGAAGACCAUCGUCAAGUCGAGUCGCGACGCCGUCAAGAUGGUCAAGGGGAAAGUGGCAGAGAUGAUGCAGAACGAGCGAUUUGGAGGUCUGGACGUCCUGGAUGCAGAGUUCGCCAAGACGUGGGAGUUGAAGAGCCACAACGUUGCCGUGUUCUCCAUCCAAGGCCGUCGAGACCACAUGGAGGACCGGUAUGAUGUGCUCGCAGACGUCGUCAACAAGAGCCACCCGUCUAUUUUUGGGAUUUUUGACGGACACGGCGGAGAGGCUGCUGCUGACUACGCAAAGGCACACCUGCCGGAGGCACUCCGCCAACAGUUGCUGAACUAUGAACGUGACCGGGAGCGGGAUAGGGAAAAGGAUAAAGAGAAAGAUGAGAAAAAGGACGGCUUGUCUUACCCAUCUAUCCUGGCGCAGCAGAUCCUGACGAUAGAUCGGGAAAUGUUGGAAAAGCUGUCCGCCACGUACAAUGAAGCAGGCACCACAUGUCUGGUGGCCCUCCUGUCCGAUAAGGAGCUGACGGUUGCCAACGUCGGCGACUCACGCGGAGUCCUCUGCGAUAAAGACGGAAACGCCAUUCCUCUAUCGCACGACCACAAGCCGUACCAGUUAAAAGAGCGCAAGAGGAUCAAGAAAGCUGGCGGCUUCAUCAGUUUCAAUGGCUCGUGGCGCGUGCAGGGCAUUCUGGCCAUGUCCCGCUCCCUGGGCGACUACACUCUCAAGAAUCUUAACGUGGUCAUCCCCGAUCCCGACAUCCUCUCCUUCGACCUGAACAAGCUGCAGCCCGAGUUUAUGAUCUUGGCGUCGGACGGCCUCUGGGACACCUUCAGCAAUGAGGAGGCCGUACGCUUCAUCCGCGAACGCCUGGACGAGCCGCAUUUUGGCGCCAAGAGCAUCGUCCUCCAGUCGUACUACCGCGGCUGCCCCGACAACAUAACCGUCAUGGUGGUCAAGUUCAAAGGCAAGACGGGAGAGCAGUAG